AAGAGCACGUGGAAGAUCCCAUUCGUGCAUUGAACGCAACCUAAACUCAUCAACAUCAACCCCAUCGUCGUUCUCCUUGCCGAAUAACGUGAACGGAAUAGGCGCUUUUCUUUGUGCUCGAGUUGUGAGUCUCGUAUCCGCUGCUUUGUCUUUCUCUUGGGAAAGAAUGAUCCUAUCGUUAAUUUUGAUACCCUUCUUUUUAGUAUAUGGAAGCCAACCUGAAGAGGGAACCUGGCCAGCUUUUUUCCUUUUGGAUGGGCCAAGUUUCCAUGAUUUUUUGGUCCACCAAAUUCAAAAGCUUUCAGAUCCUUCAUCGGAAAUGAUGGAGCAGUUGAGGCACUUGAGAGUUAUAAUAUGCUUGAUCAGUCUUUUUGUUUAUUGAUUUCUGGGGUUGGGUUUUGCCAAAAGACUGAAGUCUCCAAGUGCAUUUUCCUCGGAGAAAAUCCUUGUCACACUUAAACUUGAGGAUUAAGGACUGGUCCACGCUGUAUGGAAAGGUUCCAAGGAAAUGGAAUAGUAGUUUGAGUACCCACCUUAAUUUUUCACUAUCACUACUAUUUGUGAUUAAAAGCAUUUCUUUUUCACGUCCAAUGGGUGGAGAAAACGAAAUAUGGAAUUGGAAGGGCAAGAGGUUCAAUAUGAAGGACUGAUGAAGGCUUGUCCUGUCUUCCUAAGUCAGGUGAAGAAAGACAUCAUAAUUCAUAAUUUUGGCAAAAUGUUUAGAAAAAUCGACAUUUGUUCUAUGGGAGGGAGGGGAACAUCCAAAUUCCAAUCAGGCGUUUAGUUCGGGUAAGCAAGGGUGUUCGUUAGUUAGGGAGAAUGGGUUCCAAGUUCCAACCGAAACCAUUCUUUGCCUUAUAUUUCCCGCCAUAUUCGCUUCAACUCUCUUAAAACAAAGCCCAAAGGAAAUUGUGGCUGAAGCAAUCCCCCUUCCACUAUGUUCCUCUUCUCCUCUACUCUUCUUCAGGUUUGGCAAAAUUGAGAUGCUUCAGCAAUUUGUUAUUUGCUUAAUUCCCUAGUCAGAAUGGGUCGUGACAGUACUGGAAGCAGCAGGGCCAUUGGGGAAACCACUUUUCUUCAUGGUGAACUUGACUUGUGGAUUAUAGAGGCUAAAUCUCUUCCAAAUAUGGAUUUAGCUUCAGAAAGAAUGAGGAGAUUUUUCACUAUGUUUGGAACUUGUGACACUUACUUUCGAAAAAAACCUAAGGCCUCGGGCAGGCAGUCUAUGAUUACCAGUGACCCUUAUGUAUCUGUUUGCCUUGCAGGGGCUACAGUUGCUCAAACUAGAAUAAUUGCCAAUUGUGAGAACCCCCUGUGGGAUGAACAUUUCAUUGUGCCAGUUGCACAUCCUGUAGUAAAAAUUGAGUUUCAUGUUAAGGAUAAUGAUGUUCUUGGUGCUCAACUUAUAGGAGUAGUUGAGAUAGCUGUUGAAAAAGUCCUUCCAGGACAUGAAAUUAAUGAUUGGUUCCCCAUUAUUGGUCAUUUUGGGAAUUGUUUGAAACCCUAUCCUGAAAUUCAUGUUUCUCUUCAGUUUAGGCCAAUGAGACAAAACCCUCUAUAUCAACAUGGCGUUGGGACUGGACCAGAUUACAUGGGAGUCCCCAAUACGUAUUUCCCUCUCCGUAAAGGAGGAAGUGUGACCCUUUAUCAAGAUGCUCAUGUACCUGAUUCUUUGCUACCUGAAAUUUUACUUGAUGGUGGAAAAGUUUAUCAGCAAGGCAAAUGCUGGGAAGACAUAUGCCAUGCCAUUCUAGAAGCACAUCACCUCAUAUAUAUAGUUGGUUGGUCUGUCUAUCAUCCUAUAAAACUUGUGAGGGAACCAACAAAGCCUUUACCUAAUGGAGGGCAGCUUUCUUUGGGAGAGUUAUUGAAAUACAAGUCGCAAGAAGGGGUCCGUGUGGUUAUGCUGAUAUGGGAUGAUAAAACUUCGCAUGACAGGGGUCUCUUGAAAACGGUAGGUGUUAUGCAGACUCAUGAUGAAGAGACUAAAAGAUUUUUCAAACACUCAAGUGUUCGUUGUGUGCUUGCUCCUCGUUAUGCAAGCAACAAGCUUAGUUUUUUCAAGCAACAGGUUGUGGGAACCCUUUUCACACAUCAUCAGAAAUGCGUGCUUCUUGACACCCAAGCUUCAGGAAAUAAUCGGAAAAUAACUGCUUUCAUUGGUGGUCUAGAUUUAUGUGAUGGCAGAUAUGACACCCCUGAGCACCGUCUCUUUCGUGAUCUUGACACUGUCUUCAAGGAUGAUUUUCAUAAUCCAACAUUUCCUUCUAAUGCCCAAAGCCCGAGGCAACCGUGGCAUGAUCUACACUGCAAAAUUGAGGGUCCUGCUGCAUAUGAUGUAUUGACUAACUUUGAACAAAGAUGGAGAAAGGCUGCAAAAUGGCGUGACUUCAAGCUAAGAAAGGUCACUCCUUGGCACGAUGAGGCCUUGAUAAGGGUAGAUCGUAUUUCAUGGAUAAUAUCUCCCUCUCCUGGUUCUGAUGGAGACAAAAUUGUGCGUGUUUGUGAUGAAGAGGACCCUGAGAAUUGGCAUGUGCAGGUAUUCCGGUCUAUCGAUUCCGGAUCUGUAAAAGGAUUUCCAAAGGAUGUUAAGCAAGCUGCAGCUCAGAAUCUUGUCUGUGGAAAGAACUUGAAAGUAGACAGGAGCAUCCAUGCAGCUUAUAUAAAAGCAAUAAGGUCGGCACAACACUUUAUAUAUAUAGAGAAUCAAUAUUUCCUCGGGUCUUCAUAUUAUUGGCCAUCAUACAAAAAUGCAGGUGCUGAUAACUUAAUCCCUAUGGAAUUGGCUCUGAAAAUUGCCAGCAAAAUCAGUACAAAUGAGCGUUUCUCCGUGUAUAUAGUGAUACCUAUGUGGCCAGAGGGUGUGCCAAAUAGCAAUGCUGUGCAGGAAAUAUUAUUUUGGCAGGGACAAACAAUGGCUGUAAUGUACUCAAUCAUUGCACAAGAACUCGAAAAAUCAGGCCUUUCCGAUCAAUAUCAUCCACAAGAUUAUUUGAACUUCUAUUGCCUCGGUAAGCGUGAUCCUUCCUCUUCAGAAAGUUCAUCUCAGGUAAAUCAGCAAACAGAUAACCGUGCACUGGCAUUGGCUCAAGAGUUCCGCAGAUUCAUGAUUUAUGUCCAUGCCAAAGGGAUGAUAGUUGAUGAUGAGUAUGUGAUCAUGGGAUCAGCAAACAUUAACCAGAGAUCCUUGGAUGGUUCAAGGGACACAGAAAUAGCUAUGGGUGCUUACCAACCGAAUUACACAUGGGCAGCAAAGAAAUCCCACCCACAUGGCCAGGUUUAUGGUUAUCGGAUGUCUCUGUGGGCUGAACACCUUGGCAAACUGGAGGAUACUUUCCGGGAACCACAAAGCCUGGAAUGUAUAAAGCUUGUUAACAAGAUUGCCAAACGUAACUGGAAAUCAUUUGUGGAUGAUGAUUACAGAGAAAUGAGGGGACACUUGAUGCUGUAUCCAAUUAAAAUCAGAAGAAACGGGACGGUUGGUCCAUUGCCAGGUUAUGAAACGUUUCCUGAUAUCGGUGGUAAAGUUCUUGGAGCAUCCACCAAUCUUCCUGAUGUUCUAACAACUUAACACAAGUGUAAGCUCCAAUAAGUUUUAGUAACAAAACAUAUACUUCCACCUUAAUACAAAGAUUGAAGGAUGUAGCAUUACUGGAAAGUUAAAAAGAGAGGAUAACAAGUCAGGCAUUCAUGUGAUGAUCACGUUGUAAUGAUUGUUAAGACCUGAAAAGAAACCUUUGUCUAGUUGCAGCAGCAGGCAGCUGUGAUGAUUGCCUUUUCUUGCUUAUUUUGUUGUAUGUCCAUUGACGGAAAACAACUUGUACAAAUUGAAUUCGUGCUCUCCUGUCUUGACAUUAAUAGUGAUUCCAUGAAUCAGUUUUGAGAAUUUA